AUGAUGCUGUACCUCAGACUGGUGCUGGUGGGUCAGGAGAAGGUGGGGAAGAGCUCAGCAGCAAACACCAUCCUGGGAAAGAAGGAGUUUGACUGUAAGAUCAGCUCCAAACCUCUGACUCUGAGCAGCAGGAAGGUAGACGGUGACGCUGAUGGUCGCAGGGUCUCGGUGGUGGACACCCCCGGACUGUUCAGUUCUCGGCUGUCAGCACAGGAGGUGAAAGCAGAGCUGCUGGCAGCACUCCGGCUCAGCUCUCCGGGUCCUCACGCAGUCCUCCUCACCCUCCAGCUGGGAAGGCUCAGCGAAGAAGAGCAGAAAGGACUGCAGACUCUGCAGAAGAUGCUGAGUUCGAACAUCUCCCAACACACCAUACUGCUGUUCACCUACGGAGACCGACUGGACCACACCGACAUUCAGCAGUUCAUCCGAGAAGACAACAACCUGCAGCAGCUGGUGAAGAGCUGUAACGGCUACUGCCACGUGUUCAACAACAGAGACAUGGAGGACAGGAAGCAGGUACGAGCUCUGCUGGACAAAAUAGACUCCAUGUCAGAGGGAGGACGCUCGUACUACCAGAGAAGGUCUCAGUCUGAGAGCGUCAUAGCCAGAGCUUGUGGGGGGAUUCACCAGAGGUGCUACAGGCUAAUCAGAAACUUCUACCACAUCAUCAGAAGUGGCGAGACACAAAGAGAAUGGCAGGAGACCAGAGGAAGAAGAGAAGACCAUAUUCAACAGCUUCACGCCAACUCAGAGGGACCAGAACAAAUAGUUCCUGGACAGAACUCCAGUUCUAUGGAGGAACCAGAACUUUCCAGGCUAGAUGAGAUUCUUCUGACUUGCUAG